UUCACACUCUGGCAGCUAUCCGUGAUUGUUAAGUGGGACCGCUUCCGGGUUCCGACCACCCCAAAAUGGCGGAGCGGUUUGCGUGAGGGGAAGGCGUUGCCGUUCAAGUGCUUUAGCUCCUGACCUGUUCUAUCAUCGUCUUAUUUAUCAACAGCAGUUACAUUAAAAUAAGAAUCCAUAGAUUUCAUAUAUAGGAUUGUUUCUCAUUUAAUUUCCUAGUGUUGUGUCUUGGGUGAUAAGGUUCAGUGAUUCAGGACAGUAACAAAGUCUUUAGGCAUUGGAUCGUAUUUGCUGCAGCAGAAAAAGUGGAUCAGCUAGGAGAACAAAAAUGCCUAAGCCGGUCAAUGUGCGGGUUACCACUAUGGAUGCUGAGCUGGAGUUUGCUAUCCAGCCGAACACGACUGGCAAGCAACUCUUUGAUCAAGUGGUAAAGACAGUAGGCCUUCGUGAAGUUUGGUUCUUUGGAUUGCAAUAUGUGGAUAGUAAAGGCUACUCCACCUGGCUGAAACUGAAUAAGAAGGUAACACAGCAGGAUGUGAGAAAGGAGAGUCCACUACAGUUCAAGUUUCGUGCAAAGUUCUUUCCUGAAGAUGUGUCAGAGGAAUUGAUACAAGAGAUAACGCAAAGACUGUUUUUCUUGCAAGUUAAAGAAGCCAUACUGAAUGAUGAAAUCUACUGUCCACCAGAGACUGCAGUUCUACUUGCUUCUUAUGCUGUCCAGUCCAAGUAUGGUGAUUACAGCAAGGAAAUCCAUAAACCGGGAUAUCUUGCCAAUGACAGACUGCUUCCACAACGGUAAGUGCAAUGGCAUCGACUACUCAAAGAGAACUGGCACAGGAAAGUUGACAACUGGCAUGCCAGGCUGAGGGGGCUUCUCAGAGAAGACUCCAUGAUGGAAUAUCUGAAGAUUGCCCAGGAUCUCGAAAUGUAUGGCGUAAACUACUUUGAAAUUAAGAACAAAAAGGGAACGGAGCUAUGGUUAGGAGUUGAUGCACUCGGGCUGAACAUUUAUGAACAUGAUGACAAGUUGACUCCCAAGAUUGGUUUCCCAUGGAGUGAAAUCAGAAAUAUUUCCUUCAAUGACAAAAAAUUUGUCAUAAAGCCUAUUGACAAAAAGUCUCCUGAUUUUGUUUUUUAUGCCCCACGUUUGAGAAUUAAUAAGCGUAUUUUGGCGCUUUGUAUGGGGAACCAUGAAUUGUACAUGAGAAGAAGGAAGCCUGACACUAUUGAAGUUCAGCAGAUGAAGGCACAGGCUAGAGAGGAGAAACAUCAGAAGCAGCUUGAGAGAGCGCAGUUAGAAAAUGAAAAGAAAAAAAGAGAAAUGGUUGAAAGGGAAAAAGAAAGAAUCGAACGUGAGAAAGAUGAGUUGUUGGAACGCCUGAGACGAAUUGAAGAGCAAACACUGAAGGCGCAGAGAGAGCUUGAAGAACAAACUCGCAAAGCUCUUGAACUUGAACAGGAGCGGAAGCAAGCAAGAGAAGCAGCAGAACUCCUGGAAAAGGAACGACGGUCAGCAGAAGAUGCCAAGGCUGCUUUACUUAAACAAGCUGCAGAUCAGAUGAAAACUCAAGAACAGCUGGCUGCAGAACUUGCUGAAUUUAGUGCCAAAAUUGCACUUUUAGAAGAAGCCAAGAAAAAGAAGGAAGAGGAAGCUUCAGAGUGGCAAAUAAAGGCAAUAGCUGCUCAAGAUGACUUGGAGAAAACCAAGGAAGAAUUGAAGGUAGUAAUGAGUGCACCCCCUCCUCCACCCCCACCCCCUCCUCCACCAGUCAUUACUCCAGCCGAUAAUGAAAACGAUGAGCAUGACGAGAACAGUGCGGAAGCGAGUGCAGAACUUUCUUCAGAAGGUGUGAUGAACCACAGAAGUGAGGAAGACCGGUUAACAGAGACACAGAAGAAUGAGCGUGUAAAGAAACAACUACAGGCUUUGGGUUCUGAGCUGGCUCAAGCUCGAGAUGAAAGCAGAAAAACUCAGAAUGAUGUACUUCAUGCAGAGAAUGUCAAGGCAGGUCGUGACAAGUACAAGACUCUUAGGCAAAUUCGUCAAGGAAAUACAAAACAGCGUAUUGAUGAGUUUGAAGCUAUGUGAAAGAGACAUUGUCACAUGCAUGUUCUUCAUGCAGAUGAACCACCAGCAGAAAAGCAAGCAAGCUUCACUUUGCCAAAGCACCCAUGAACAAUGAGUUGAACAGAGUUGGAUUUUUUCGUAUGAAGGCAGCCUGAACUUUUUCUUUUCUGAUUUGUAGUAUAACACUUUUUUUAUCAUAAGGGAUGAGAGACCUUUUAGGGCCACUCUGUUUCUUUCUUUAGCGCAAAGUAAAUAUGUAGCAUAAAUAUGUGCAAAUUUGUACAGUAAUCUUGGCCUGCUUCUUCUCAGGGUAUCUUGUCUUUUCUAUUUAAAAAAAAUGUGUGUCCAGUAUUACCUUGAGGAUCUUUCUGUUUGUGUCUAUUUUCCACCGGUAGACUUAUGAGUGUAUGUCACUUAGAAGUGCCUCAUGAUACUGCCCUCUCUUCCCGCUGCAGUUCAUAUCCAUGUUAAUUUUGCAGGACUGGAGCACUUUUUCUUAUGUUGGUUCUCUUCUAAACACUAACUGUGUUUUGUCUUCUCUGAGACAUUAAAGGCCUUAAUCAUUUUGCUAUAGAGUUCAGGCUCUUCUUGCUCUUUAUAAAGGCUGUACGUUACAGCUGUUGAAAGAAUCUUUUUUUUUUUUUUUAACUGAUUGUCCAGUAACUGUAUUCAGGUCCUUGCUGUGAAAGUAACCAUGAUGCUUUUAAUUGACAGAUUUGUAGCGCCUUCACAUAAUGCUUCUCAUCACUUUCAUUGCAGUUCACCUUUUUCAUUGUGACCAUUAUGACAUUACUGUAAACUGCUUCUCUUGCUUCAGCUUGUAUUUUAUGACUACAUCACAUUUUCCAGAUGACUAAAAGGUCAUGUCAGUUUUAGGUUUGUGAGAAAAUGUGACUAUAAUCCUUACUGAUUCAUAUUUUUCCCCUUUCUGGAGCAGUUGCCUGCCUUGUUUGACUUGGUAUUAGACAUUUCAUUUUCACAUUUAACUGAAUACUUAUGGUAGCAUACUUUUCACUGACAGAAUUGCUUUUAAGAAACUGCUCAAGUGUACAUAAGUGAAGUGUUGUAUUCCCAUUAAGUUUUCCAUGUAGUCACUGCUAGUCUUAAUCCCCAAAACAACGUAGUGACAUUAUUCUUCUCUAUUGUGCAGAUCUUUUUUUACACACAAGUGUGCCUUUAUUAGAUUAAGCGACAGGUCUUUUGCUGGAAUGCCAACGUUGGCUUAGCAGCUUUACCCUCAGAAUACUGUUCUGGGUAGGUUAGAACCUUUUUCUUAAUAAUACUCCCCCCCCCCCAAAAUAAGCUUAAAUUCUUGUAGACUUUUACUGGUAAUGGUGAAGGCUGACCAUCUUGUAGAGAUCUAGUUUUUAUUUAUUUUUUAAUUAUGGCAACUAUUUUGCUAUUCUUUAUAGUCUCUCAGCCACAACACCUACAGGAGCAACUUAAUGAAAAGAGAUGGUCAUGAACAUAGAGGACUGUUAUUGAGUCUCCAGUGAUAACUAGCUUAAGUGUUUUAGACAUGGUUGUCAUGAAAAUCACCUUGAGAGCAGAACAGUGAGGCUUAAGAGAUAAAUGUUUUGACAGCCUGUCGAGAACCCACAAUAAGAGUUAUGGUCCAAGAAAACUAAUCGUAAUUCUUUGUAGAGCGUGGAACUUCAUGUGUUCGUGUACUGGGAGUUUUGGGAAAAGUGUAGAAGAGUGUUUCAUAGCUUUAAAAGCAAAAAAAUACUUAGUGUUGCCAAACAAACAGUGGACAGAAGCGAAGUGUCUUGAGGAACUAACAGCUUUAAAAACUAUUAGCUCACCCUGAUGUUCUUUUUGUUUAAAAUUGGGGCAGAUCAACAUAUCUAGUAUGGCAAAACAAAGUAUAUCUUAACAGCUUUAAAGCCAGCUUAGUUUCAACUGCUGUUCUGUGGUAGCCUGCCACUAUUAAGCUGCAGUAUGAGAAACGUUUAAGAAGUCAGAAAAGUACUUAAGCCUGUCUUUUUCCAGUUUCAGAGCUCAGUUGCAGCACUCCAUGCACUACAUAAUUCCCCAUUUGUAUGAAAUGGUUUAAGCAGUGUUGCCAUGUUGACAAAUCUAGAGCAGGGCAUCCAUGAUGAUAAUGAUAGUAAUAAUAGUAAUAUUGAAGCAUAUAAUCAGUUUGUCAAGGUAAUUUCAAACUAGUCAUGUUAAUUUGAGGAUGUCUUGUAAAGAAGUGCUAACCUCACUCAUUUAACAGCAGUGUCAUUUUUUUUAUGUGCAGAGCACCUUGCAUUUGAUGAUGCAUGCUAUCCUUCUUGAGGAUUUAGAAUUUCCACUGUGGUUGCAGAAUGCUGAAAGUUGAUCAGGACUUUGUACAAUAGUCCUGUGCCACUACUCAGCUGUCAGCAGUUGCAGAAAAGCUAGUUAAAAUGUAAGAAAUGGAGCAAAAUAGGGUUGCCAGGGGUACUUCAGUGGAAGAACAGUAGAGUACAUACUUAACCCAUGGCCAAACUUUCCACCUUUCCCUAUAUGUGAUGCAUAAAUAUCCGGUGCUCAUGAUGCCGUGGUGGUUUGAUAGAGAAAAAGUUGAUAGACAGGAGUUCUGGUGUUGCUCUGGAAUGGUUGCAUCUCUGGCAAUUUACCCCAGAGGUAACAUCAGUCUGUGGACAUAAUUGGUGGUGGUGUUUGGACAAUCCAUUGUCCCAGUCAUCUGAGAAUUCUUUUGGUGUUGGUGUUUACCAGCACUCUGCAUGGCAGCAGAAUGUAUAAUGUCAUUGUUGUAAUUAAUGUCUGUGGAAGAUGGUAGGUCUGUUGUCAAGUGGAGUAUGAGGUAAUGCAUGUUACCAACCAUUAAGAUAAGCCUUGUCCCAGAGAAUAAUGGUACCUCUAAAUGGUGGUUACAGGGUGAUAUAAUACAGUCAUUGCCCAACUGGUAUUGGAGGGAGAAUUACAAAUUUUCUGAACCUAAUCUGAGCUCUCACCAUUUAAUUACAGUACCAGUAUUUUGAUUGUCUGCUACAAGAAUAUGCAUAUAUGUUUGAUUAUCAUAUUCUUUGUAUUAAGAUAAUGUAAGCUUCCCAGAAACUUAAAACAUUUUCUCCAUUGUAGUUAACUGGUGAACAAUGAGCAGGUUAUAAAUACAAAUAAGUAAGAAUGUGUUUGUGGCAGUUCAUUGCACUGUAUGACCCUGUUCAUUACUGUACAGUGUUGUCUUUUCUUUCCCAGGCUUUUUUGUUAAGAUAGUACAAGAAGCUUGUACUAAGUGGUAAGUGUCACUUACUACUGCUUAUUUCCAGUUAGAGUUGCUGCCUUUGAAGACUUGACACAUGACCGAACAACCUUUUUUGUAAACGUCAUUGAAGCAUCGUCCUUUCAGGCAUCUUUUCGUGCAGCAUCAGAUUUACACAAGUUUUACCUGCUUUGCUAGAACAGGAUCUUAUUUUAAUGUUUUUCACUUCCCUUCCCAUGCAGCAAAAUGUUUUAUUCUUUCUGCAGAUCCUUAGUCGUGGAGUCCUUAUUUUCUGCUUCUGUUUACCUUUUCUCGUCAGGAGGGUAUUACAUCUUUUUGCAUCAGGCAUAUAACCUUCAUUUAGAUACCUUACAUUUCAGUUGAGUAGGAGACUGUUUAAUACAUAUUUUGUUCUUUUGCUCAUAGGAAUAAUAACGCUUCCAUUUAGCAAGUCCCAAGAUGUUUACUCUUGAGAUUAUAACAUCGUCAAGUAUUUAAUGGCAGUAUUAGGAACUUGAUGGUCUUUAUAGAUUAAAGCCUAUAAAGAAGUCUUGUAAAGAAACCAGUUUGGCACUCCAAUUUAAAAUCUCCAUCAGUCUACUACUGCUGGAAAUGAUCCUGCACUGCCCUCCUCCUACCUGUUGCAAAACCAGACACUAUUUUGUUUUUACAUCUUGUAUCAAAUUAUUGGGAUCAUUUUAGCUGUCUUUAUUUUGUACAUUUUAGCUGGAGGUGUUAAGCCGUGUCAUGCCAGUGAGUCAGAUUGGUACAAGUAUGUUAGUCUGAAUUCCUUGACCAUCAAAAUGACAGCCUAAAUUGAACAGGAUGGUUUUAAAUUGUGCUACAUAGUGCAGGUUGUUGCCUGUUUUCCUCCUUAAACCACAGAAACAUUAUUUGGUGUUUGAUGUUUCCUCUUGAUGAUUUUUUUUUAUUUAUUUAUCUUCAUUGCCUCUCUAGGCAAAUGGUCGAUAGUGUGCCAUUUCCCUUUUCAAAUUUCUCUAUGUGCAAAGACUUAAUAGUUUCAGGUUGUUUAGAAUGAGUUCUUGAAAAAGUACCACAGAAUGUAAACAGAAUGACCUAGAAGGCAGGCUGUUUCUGUCAAGAGAGCAUGUCAAAACAUCAAUCCCAAACAAGAGGACCAUAUGCUUAUUUCAGUUGUACACGUGGUGAUCGGUCAAACAUCAAGUUAAAAAUUGACUCAUGUCUGUACAUAAAAGAUUUUGUUUUCUUUUCAAGUCAUAAGAGGACUGUUAUGAAAUGAACUUUUUCUUUGAAAUUAUUCCCUUUAAGAGUGAAGAAGUACUCAAAAGUAUUAGCAUCUGCCUUUAUGUUAAUAUGAACAAUUGUACAGCUAUGUGAAAAAAUAUCCAUCUAUAUAUAUAUAUAUAUGUAAUUAAAAUAAAGAAUAUAAAAUUGGAAUUUA